GCAGCACCCAAAAAAAAAAAAAAAAAAAGAAAAGGGUUUGUUUUCUUGCUACAGUUCACACCGACCAACCACUUUGCAUACAGCAAUCACAACAAUCAGAAUUUAAGAUUCUCAUCAUCGGAUCCCACUAUCUUUUCGUUUAUUAUUAUUAUUAUUUUUUUUUGGGAGAAAAUCAUAUUCCACUAUCUCUUCCUCUCUCUUUUCUACUUUACCAGAGGCCUAAGGAAAGAACUUGUAGCCAAAAAAAAGAAUAUAUAUGUACAUACACUACUCUCUAGUACUUUACUGAUAUCUUCCUUCUUUCUCACAUACAGGUGUGUGUCUGAACUCUGAAGCAAUAUGGGUCAACAUUUCUCUGCCAUGGCCGACUAUAGUAUAUUUGACAAACAUAAACAAAGCAAGAGCAGCCACAACGGUCUACCAAGCUUUACGGAUGAUCCUUUCUCUGCCAUGGCCGACUGCUACCGUGUGUUUAGUAAACCAAAACCAAGCAAGAGCCGCGACAACCGUCUACUAGAUAGUACUACAACAACACUAGCACUGACUACCCUGGCUACUGUUGCAGUAUCAGCGCUGGUCUACUAUCGUACAAGAUUUGAUGACCAUUUAGAUGAUGAAAUAGAUAAGGAUCAUGAGGAUCAGGAAGAGGAAAAGAGGCAAGUUUAUCCGCCUGUUUCGGAUUUGUUGGUGGUCAGCAAAACCCCAAAUAUGGAUUUCAUUUUCAACGAAGGUGAUGGAAGACAACAACAACAACACAAGAUAUUGCUGGUGGGUGAAGGAGAUUUCUCUUUCUCUGCUUCUUUGGCUUCGUCUUCUCCUUCUGCUUCCAACAUGGUCGCUACAUCUCUCAAUUCUAGAGAUUUUUUGUACAGGAAUUAUCGGAAUGCCAUGGACAAUAUUAAUGAAUUAAGAAGGAAAGGAUGCACCAUCAUGCAUGGCAUAGAUGCCACAGAAAUGGUAAAACAUGAUGCUUUAAGUGGAAUGCUGUUCGAUCGAAUCAUUUUCAAUUUCCCACAUGCUGGCUUCUUUGAAGAUGAUUCCACUGAAUCCCAGCUCCGAAACCAAAUGCUAGUAGCGUUGUUCUUCGAGAAUGCUAAGAAGAUGUUGAAGGCAGGUGGAGAAAUUCACGUGACACAUAAAUGCUCGUACUUCUUUCAACGAUGGAACAUUCAAGUUUUGGCCUCAAAUGUUGGUCUCCGACUUAUAGAAGAAGUUCCAUUCAAUUUUAGGGACUAUCCUGGGUAUCACACCAAAUAUGGUUUUCGUGGUGACAAAAACUUCAAUUGUAACCCCAGCAAAACCUACAAAUUUGGCUUUUAAUCAAUCAAUAUUACAGCCUUAAUACAUUAGUUUAUUGUAAAUUAAAACUCAUGAGCUUUUCAGUUGUAAUUGAUGCCUCAAAUACACAUGAACAUGACAUGCUUUUUCUC